GCUUUUGGCGCGCUCGGCGCCCGCGCGGGGGUGCUGAAGCUCAGUGGGGGCGUCGAUGAUGAGCUGCGCAGCGUGACGAAGGUGUUCCUCGAGAAUCUCGUAAGGAACGCGGUCACCUGCACGGAGCACGAGCGCUCGCGUGAAGUCACGCCGGCGCACGUGCUGAAGGCGCUCCAGCAA